AUGAAGAAGUUAACACUAUUACUGAUUUCGGUUCUGUAUUUACAGACUGAAGGAUACGUUAUACAAGUGCCUACGACUUCUGCGAGUGUAAAAACUGCUCCAGUAGGAUGGGUCCACAUACAAAAAUUAUUGCUUCCAUUAUUCGAAAAUGUUUGUGAAGAAAGCACAGACCCUGUCGUGAUAAGAUUAAAUGAAGAAUUCAAAUUAGAUCCUUCGUACGGAACUUAUUUGAAACCUGAAGUUAUAAAUAAUUUACAAAAUCUCAAAGCAAACAAAGGUUUGUUACCUAAAGGGGUAAUAUUUACUGAAUAUGAUACAGAUCAUCUUAAUGAACUUAAGAUUGUUUAUGAAGUACUAUACUAUGCUAAAGACUUCGAUACGUUUUUGAAAGCUGCAAGCUGGGCUCGACAGAAUGUCAACUGUGGAUUAUUCGUUGACGCGAUAUAUCUAGCGAUACUGAACAGACGAGACACUGAUAGAGUUUUCAUACCAGCGCCAUACGAACUUUUACCUAACUAUUUCAUAAGAAAAGAUUUUAUCCUAAAAGCAUCAUCAUUAAUUAGAGGAGAAACUUUUACCCCAUCCGAUUACGUUCGCAACGAAGGUAAUGCGUAUGUACUGGAUGUUAAUUAUACAGCUAGUUACGAUGACGAUGGUGACGACAAAUUGGCUUAUUUCCAUGAAGAUGUGGGCUUAAAUUCUUAUUAUUAUUUACACAAACUAACAAAGCUACCUUGGGUUACUGAUUUUCGCAAUUUACAUAAAAAUAAUUAUGGAGAAUAUAUCUAUUAUUUAAUCAAGAAGCUGAUGGCUAGGUACAAUUUGGAAAGAAUAUCAAAUGGAUUACCCGAAUUAGAAAUAAUUGAUUGGGAUUAUAUAAAUGAUUUCUAUUAUGAUCCCAUGCUAAUAUAUUCGAACGGCGAAAAUUUUAGCCAAAGAAAGGGAAGCGAUAGUAACGAAAUUCUUACCAUGAUUAAGACCAUUGAAAACAAUCUUCCAGCGCUAGUUACUCAUAUGAGAGAUGGGGGAUAUAAUAAAUCGGAGAUCCUUAACCACUUAAUGGAGGUACUUGUGACAGGUGAAAAAAGUUACGAAAAUUUAGCUAUCACAUUUCUAACUGGCGAUCAGGAGAUUUCGAGGUAAAAUUUUCCAUAUGUGCCUUCCGUAUUAGAACACUACAUGACGACUGCUAGAGAACCCAUAUUUUGGAAAUUAAAUAAAAAAAUCGUUGAUUUAGUUGAUUCAGCCCUACAAGUGCUACCAAGUUACACUACAAAUCAGCUUUAUUUCCCUGGAGUUGAAGUACAAAAUAUAGAAGUCAAGAAAAUAAUGACAACAUUUGACAAUUUUGAAUUUGAUGUAACUAAUGCUUUGAAAAGUGAAGGAGAAGAAACGAAAUUUAAGGUCAAAAUUAAUCAACCUAGAUUAAAUCAUAAACCUUUCAGUUUCAAAAUAUCCGUGCUAUCUCAGGUAGCACAGAAAUGUUUAGUAAAAAUAUUCAUAGGUCCGAAAGUACUGCCUGGUGAGCUCGUUGAGAAAAAGAAUAUGUUUAUGUUAUUAGAUUAUUUCGAAUACAACCUAAAGAUAGGAAGUAAUGUAAUUACAAGAAAUGCAAAUGACAUGAAACACAUAUCUGAUGAUUUCAAUUCUCUUGAAACAAUGCAUAAAAAAGUAUUAGAUGCUGAAUUCGGAGUUGAUACAUUAAUUUUCAAAUCCAUAUGGUCACAAAUUGGAUUUCCUUCCCGUUUAAUCCUUCCAAAGGGUACUCCAGAAGGUUUACCUUUACAUGCAUUUGUAUUUGUGGCUCCAUACGUGAAAGCAACUGCCAGUGGUCCUAGAAACACUUGGGAUCUAAAUUUGGAAGCCACUUCAUCACCUGGUUAUCCUCUGGAUUUAGGUAUUGAAAUUCAAACCUUAUUUAAUUUACCCAAUUCUUUGGUUAAGGACUUUGUUAUAACACAUAAGAUGGCAAGUGGUUUUAAUUCUGGUGGUUACGAUUCUAGUUAUAAAAGUAAAACAUGGCAAUCGAGCGAUAGUGAAUAUGACAAUCCGGGAAAACCAUUAGCUUUGUCAGCACGUCCAGAAUUCACAAGGAAAAAUUUUGACUAUAAAUCAAAAAAUAAUCAGUAUGGUAAAAAAUUCGACUACUCUUCCAAAAAACAUGUAAAAGAUGAGGAUAUGACGACACGAUAUCUGGAUACAAAGGAUAAUACGACAAAUACUGAAAAUGAUAAAAAAGAACCUGAUAAUAUGGAAAUAAUUAACAAUAUUUACAUCAGUCCAGAUUUCGAGCGCGAAAAAUCUAUCGAAAAUAAAAUGGAUGAAGAUAAGGUAUAUUAUAAAAUAUCUCCAGAUAAUAUUUAUAAUACUGAUGUUGAUUUUUUUUCAACGUCUGAUCUAAUAGACACCACAGUAGACAAAAAUGGAAAAAAAGAAAAUGUUGUGAUAAAACCCCUUAGGUUACUGAAAUCGCCACAUAAAAGAUUUUCAAAUAUGUUUAACAUUGUAUUUAAGCCCGUCAAACCUGCGGACGAAGAAAUUUAUGAAUAGUAGUUUUAUAAUAAAAACAUGUAUUUGUUUUUUUAAUAAUAAUAAAUAAACUUAAUUAA